CGUGUGUUAACUAGUGACACAUUAUUGAAUGGUUUACUGAUAACACUUAUUUAUGCAUAAGCAUUUAAGGUUACAUACACCUCGUCGACGAAUUCAUUACUUGCGGUCUGCAGAUUUCGUGUACCACUAUAUAUUUUUUGGAUGUGACUAAAUUUUUCAGAAUAUAUUGAAUAAGAAUGUGAGAAAACUAACGGAACAGCUCGUCAGAAAAGAGCAAACAAAUCGGUGUGAAUCUAACUCGUAUAUCGAUAUUGACAUUUUUAGUUUUGUAAACAAACCCUUUCUAUGUCGGACGCAAUGUUUGUAACAGUUAAAUACGGAGAAUCUCGCAGUGAAAUUUUCAACCCAAACUGUCGAAUAAUUUCUUUAUUGAAGGAUAUAAGAGAUAGGUGCCGAGGUUUUGAUGCCGAGGAAGUAGAAUUAUCUGAUGAAAAUGGAAAUGUAAAGUUUUUAAGAGAUUCUCCUAAUAAAUACGCCAAUGAAAUUCUUACAGAAAGAGAAAAUUUUGUUUUGUUAAAAGUCGAUAAAAAUGAUAAAUACAUAUCGUACUCACCAUUAUUGAUAGAUUCAGAUGCAAUAACUGAUGACUUUUUAGCUAGAUUAGCAGUUCGAGAUGACACCGAUGGAUCUUCAGAUACUCGACGAGGGAAGGCACCCAAACGAUCAACAAGUGACAAAUCUAUAAAACAAGAGAAACCUAGCACCAAGAUGCGUCUUGCCAAAUCGAUCACUAGCGUUGUUCGUUCUAGAUCACGAUCUGGAAAAACACCAUCGUGAAUUGUAUUGCCAAUUGUCACGUACACAAUAUCAUCGAAGACACCUCCAUAUUUCUAUGCUUAGCUUAAAAACAUAUCUCAAAGACUCAAAGUUUUACAUAGUUUUAAAGACUCAUUUCAAACCUUCAGUUGGUUCGAAAUAAAAAAAUUAAGCGAAGGGUAUUCAGUGAUAAAUCAUAUUUCGCGAUUAGUGACGUCAUCAAACACUUAGUUUUAUUGCAAUUUCAAGAACCACAGACGUCUGAUAGAAAAUUGGAAUGGUGUAAAAUGAUGUUAUCAGUGUCCCCGAUACACAUAAGAAAUUUAGAAUUCUGCAAUUUUUGCACUUGUAAUGGAGAGACGUUUCGACUUAAGUCAUGUGAACUAAAAGGGAACUAAGCCGGAACUUUUCCUUUACACUGUUGGAAAAUCCUGUACAUUUUUCAAAAUCUUGUACAUUUUUGUUCAAUUUUAUAUUUGUAACACUAUUUUAAAAGGUGGCCUAUGUAUUGUUAUAUUCGUAUAUACAAUGUGUUUAAACGGAAUAUGUUAUGUUCGUAUAUACAAUGUGUUUAAACGGAAUAUGUUAUGUUCGUAUACAAUGUUUUAAUAUAAUACGAUGUUUAUCACGUACGGUAAUAAAUUUGUCUCGAAUUAUAAUUUAUUGGAUAAAAAUCUGUAUAU